AUGUGUUCUGCCCUCCAGAGCUUCCUGCAAAAGUACACUUCCGGGAAGAUCCUCGUAGGACUGACAGCAUGGGAUUACCCAUCUGGACUACUUGCGGAGAGAUCAGGCGGGAUUGAUAUCGUCCUUGUGGCGGACUCUCUAGGAAAGGUUAUACUAGGGCUCCAGGGGUCGAUAUCAUUGACUUUAGAUGAAAUGAUACAUCAUACGAAAGCUGUAGCAAGAGCCGUUAAAACACCCUUACUUAUUGCGGAUUUACCGAUGGGAUGCUAUGAAGUCACGCCAGAACAAGCGCUACAAUCCGCAAUCCGCAUGAUCAAAGAAUGCCCCGGCGUCACAGGUGUAAAGAUCGAAGGAACACAAGACCUGUGCCCGGCGGUCCGGAAGAUUACCUCCGCAGGGAUCCCGGUAUUUGUGCAAGUGGGUUUGACGCCGCAGCGGAGCAUACAAGUCGAAAGCAAUCAAACGGGAGUUGGUAGGACCGCUGCGAGCGCGGGCGAGAUAAUAGACGCAGCCAUCGCACUAGAGAAGGCUGGUGCCGUUGGCCUCUUCCUUACAGCGCUCUCGGAGCAGGCGGCAAAAUACGUUUCGGAGCACGUUAACAUCCCAACCAUCGGCAUUGGCUCCGGAAGUGCCUGUAGUGGUCAAAUUGUCUUACAGUCCGAAAUGCUGGGAUAUCAGGAUCCAUGGGUGCCCCAAUGGCACAGCCAGUACGAGUCAAUUGGCGCAAAGUCCCUCACGGCGAUUAGAAACUAUGUUAGAGAGGUCGGGGAUUGCGUAUUUCCUGGGGAAGAACUGACUAUUCCGAUGCAAGAUGGGCAGGAUUUGAUGUAG